GCAUCGGCCCAUGAAUCGUCCUAGAGAGAUAAGAUACCGACCUAUUAUAUAAUAGAGUCUACUCCUAGUAUACCUUAGGUCAUUUCUAGACUUCAGAGAAGAAUCAGUUGUACAUUGUACUUGAGCGAGAAAACAUGAAGGUCGUACUUUUCCUCCUGUGUCUGCUCCCUUACGUGUUUACUGCCCCAUCUGAGGUUGACAAGAGAUGGCUCGUCAAUGUCAACCAUGUAGUUGACCAGCUUAAACACCUCGUCACCCCCGACAUGGAACAAAGUGCCUGUGAAACACUCUGCAAAAGCGUCGUUGCUGGCAUCGGUAGCCUCGUUUGCGGCACUGCUUGUUCAACACUCAUUUCAUCUCUGAAUGGUUGAAUAAAAUAAAUGAAAAAAAUG